CACGCAACAUACAUAAACAGCUGUUGACGCACGUGUGUGCGUCAAGAGACACGUGGCGUGUUGUGUAUAUGCAAACUCGCGAGGGGAUGUUCGAUAAGAUCUUGUUUUCCACUUUUACAGUACUUCUGUUAUCGUAAUACGGUGCGACAAGGAGAGUAGAGGAAUAUCAAGUCGUUCUGAAAGUAAACAAGAUAUCCGGUGAUUAGAUAGCACUAUCAAGAAUUGAAUAUAUAGUUGGAUACGCGGUUCUCUGCGGUGCCACUUCGAGGCAGUCUUUCAAGAUGAGUCGAAACGUAGAACCCCUGGACGCAUCCGAAAUAAACAUCAAGUCAAGAACAUUGCACCAGCCGCCUCUCGACGAGUUAAUGAACGUCUUAGGAGAAGGACUGACUGCGAACUUUGCGGAGGCCGCUAUCGAGAUGGCCGACUGUCCCGAGCUCGACAAAGGGCCUUACAAUUUUUAUCGGAAAGGCUUGUGUGGCAGUCCGAUUAUUUUGGAAGUCGGUGGUCCAUCGCAUCUUCUACCAGUUGUCCAGAGAGACAAGUUCUACGACGUUAAGUCGUUGCUGCGACAGUUAAAUUACAACCAUGACACUCUUGUCAUCGGCGCAGCAGCUGGACCGUGGCCACAUACAGGCCGUAACUGCGAGCUUAUUAUGAAGUUAAACGUAACGAACGAUAAAGUCUCACCAGGGUACAGACUUAACAUGGGAGUGGCGAAUGGGACGCAUUACGCAUUUGUAAAUAAGUCCACUGGUGAGUGCAUACUCGAGCGAGUAGCUGCUGAUAAGGAUGAAACAACCUUCGCGUUGCUGGCCAAUCUGUAUGUGUGUGAGGGCAAGCCAGGGAAAGUUAUAAAAGUACGCGCUAAGAAACGUACCGGCAACCUGGACUUUAUAGCGUGCAUGCAGAAAGCGUUGGAGAAACGUUACGGGGACAAGCUCGUAGGUCUGGGUGGUAUGUUCGAGGUGAAGAAUGGAAAAGUGAAGCAGCAUAUUAUGCCAGAUUUUUCGGACACCCCGUUGACGACUGAGGCCCAGCUUAACAACUGGCUACAUUUCUACGAAAUGGAGACUCCUCUGAUAGCUGUCGGCACAUUUGUCAGCGCUGAGACAGAUUUAGAUCUCAGAGUGCAGCAUUUCCAUAGUGCUUACGAAGAGAACAAGUUGGGUGGACAUUAUCACAACGAUACAACGCCGGACACUAUUGAAUACGAGGGUUACUUCAAUGUGGCAGCUACGCUUUAUCGUGUCGAUCAACCGCUCAAUAAACUGCAGUUUGGAAAAGAUUAAUUACUUAUCUGCACGUCAAAUUUUUACAACAUUUUAAACUUUACAUCAAUGAAAACUUUAUGUUAGUAACAUAAGUAAAUACGCUGAUAAUAUAUUUUGUUAAAAUUUAUACAAAUUUAUCUAAGAAAUUCCAAUGAUAAAGAAAUAAACGUA